UACCGCAAAGCUCCAGAAACGCUGUUGAUUCCAGUCUCAGCACCACGUGGCCAAACGCGGAACCGCAAAAAUAUAUUUAAGGAAGUAGCGUACUGAUGUUGAUUAUUACGAACUGCAAGUAGGAGUGAGGACUUAAUAUUCUGGAAAUUGUGUGAUAUCUCUUCAAUUAACUAAAUGGCGAACGCAUGUGGAUUGAGAACCGUAAAUAAUGAACCAGUGCCCCUGAAGUCAGUGGAGGUGCAGGUGGAUGUCCAGGGUCACGUGGCUUCUGUCAGCUCCACCCUUCAGUAUGAGAACCAGGAGUCCAGUCCAGUGGAGGCCGUCUUCAUCUUCCCCAUGGAGAGUAACGUCUCCAUCUACAGUUUUGUUGCCCGCAUUGGGGAUGUUGAGAUUAAGGCCCAAGUUAAAGAGAAAGAGCAGGCUCAGGAGGAGUAUGACGAUGCCGUCAGCUCAGGGCAGCAGGCCUUCCUCCUGGAGGAGAGUGAUGAAAGUUCUGACGUGUUUCGCCUGAGUGUCGGGAGUCUUCCUCCGGGGCAGAGUGCCUCUGUUACGCUGAGCUACGUGACUGAGCUGGCCGUACAGGCUGAUGACGCCCUGAGGUUCUGUCUGCCUGCCGUGCUCAACCCACGGUACACGCCAGCAGGCAGUAAGAGCUUGACAGCAGAGGGAUCUGGUCCCCAGGGGGAAAGUGUCCCAUACACCCUGUCCCUUGGAGUCCACAUGUACUCCCCCAGCACCGUCCAGAGUGUCCAGUCCAACUGCCCCCUCACCCCACUGGAGUUCCUCUCCCAGGAUAAUACUGAGGCCAAAGUCAGUCUGUCCCCUGGUCACAAGUUUGACCGGGAUGUAGAGCUGCUGCUGUAUUACGGUCAGCCUCACCAACCCACUGCUAUACUGGAGGCGGGGCAGCCAAGUGCCCAAGCAGGCUCAUUGAUGGGUGACACUGUAGCCAUGUUGAGCUUCUACCCAGAGAUUCCAUCUAUACCAUCUUCUCAAAUGACUUCCAAAGGGGAGUUUAUAUUUGUGGUGGAUCGUUCAGGCAGCAUGGACUGUCCAAUGAACCAACGCAACUACAAACAGACUCGCAUCAGCAGUGCCAGGGACACGUUACUGCUGCUGUUGAAGAGUCUUCCUGUUGGCUGUUACUUCAACAUCUAUGGCUUUGGUUCCUCCUUUGAAUCCUAUUUCCCUGAGAGUGUGGAGUACAUGCAGGCCAACAUGGAAACUGCUGUGCAGAAGGUGAAGUCAAUGCAGGCUGAUAUGGGAGGAACAGGAAUCCUUCAGGUUCUUCAGAAGAUCUACAGCAAGCCCUGUCUGCCUUCACAUCCACGCCAGCUGUUUGUCUUCACAGAUGGAGAAGUGGGAAACACCAAAGAGGUGAUUGAUCUGGUGAAGAGACAUGCGUUGUCUCACAGGUGCUUCACCUUUGGCAUCGGGGAGGGGGCCAGCAGUGCCCUGGUGAAUGGCAUGGCUGAGGGCGGCUCUGGACACCCACAGUUCAUCACUGGGGCAGAGAGACUGCAGCCAAAGGUUAUGCAGUCUCUUCGGUUUGCCAUGCAGCCUGUUGUAGAGGACAUUUCAGUGAAAUGGAACAUUCCAGCAGAUAUAUCCGUCACCCCCCUGUCUCCUCUUCCCAAUGUGCUCUUCCAGAAUCAGAGGGCAAUACUGUACUUCCAGCUCACUGGACAGAGGUCCGGUAAUAUUUCAGGUUCAGUGAGUCUCCAUUACACUCUGGAUAAGAAGGUUGUGGAAAACACACUUACCCUUAACAUGAAGCCAAAGGAGGACAGCAGCAUGCUGAUACACAGACUGGGGGCCCGCAAAGCCAUUUUGGCCUUGGAGGAACGUGGAAAGGUGGGCAAGAAGACUAAGAAGAAGAGAGCAGUGAAACUGAGCAUCCAAUCAGGAGUCAGCUCCUCCUACACGGCUUUCAUUGCUGUCAACACAGAGAACAAGCAGCCAAUCAAAGGGCCCCUACUGUGCAGAAACAUCAAAUCCAUGAUGUUUUCACCACCACCAGGAUGCUCCCUGUCUCUUCCGCCUUCAGGAUGCUCCCUGUCUCUUCCGCCUUCAGGAUGCUCCCUGUCUCUUCCGCCUUCAGAACCCAUGAUGUUUUCAGCACUACAAGGACGCAUGAUGGCUUUUGGUGGCCCAGGCAGCAGGUAUUCAGCAGGUUCAGAAUGUAUGUACCCUCCUUUGUCUGGAGGUUCAAGCUGGUGCUCUCUUGAAUUCGGAGCCCUCAAGCACGGUUUCAGGAGACGUUCAGCACCCAUGCCCCCCCCUCCUAUGUCUGGAGGUGGUGGCUUGAGAAAGGCAAAAAGCAAAUGUCAAGCAUUCUUGUCCCGCACUAUGGCAAGAAUGAAACGUAAAGGUGCAUCACCUAUGGCCCCUGCUCCUGAACAAGAGACAAAGGAUCCUCUGCUGCAAUUGAUCAGCCUACAGAAAGUAGAUGGAUCCUGGGACCUCCAACCAUCGCUGGCCUCCAUCUUUGGGAGAAGGGAGGAAGAAGUGGCCACAGCCUUACCUGGGAAGCCUAAGUUGUUACCAGUCUGGGCCACAGUGUUGGCAGUUCUGUGGCUUCAUGGUCAUAAGAUGGACUUCAAGGAUGAGUGGCAGUUUGUGGCUGCAAAAGCUGUUGCCUGGAUCAAGGCUCAGUCAGGAGCUGAUUUGACCGGGUUUGUGGCAGCUGGGAAUUCCUUCCUUGGCCUCCAGGUGGAGCUGCAGAACUUUGGCCUGCAAUAAUGAAUCAGACCCUGAAUUGCCAUCAUAUUAGCCUAUCGCAGGGCCAUUCAAAGCACGGUCCUCAAGGUCCGAGCCGUGCCGAUUUUCCAGCCUUCCUUUACCUGUGAGCUGGGUAUGAAGCCUCUGGCCAAUCAGAAUCAGUAAUUAUUAAACCAACUACCUGGGAGCAUUGAAAACAAGGCCUGGAUUUGGAUUCGAGGUCCAGUUUUGAAGAUCCCCAGCCUAUCACUACUGCACGCAAAUCUUCCCAGCUUGCUAUUAUGUUAAUUGUUGAAGGAUCCAUGCUGACUGACAUUUAAAGGAUGUUACCUAAAUCACAAUUAGGUGGAAGAAUAAUUUUGCAUGAUUUCUAUAUUCAGAUGUAUUAUUAGAAAUGGUAUUGCUAAUACAUGAACCAGUUUAAAUCAGUGUCUCAGCCCAGUCCUUGGGGAGCCCAGACAGUCCACAUUUUUCAUUCCUCCCAGUACCCAGCCAAUCAAAUUCCUUCCUGCCAGCUCCGAACAAGUCACAAAUACCAGAUAUAGGUGUGCUGGGAGCAAAAAGUGGACUGUUUGGAGACCCUGGAGGACUGGGUUGAGAAAGUGCCAUGACUUUUCAAGCUCAUUUCAAAUGAAACGGAUGUCUGCUUGGACACCUGCACCGACUUUUAUACUUGAUAUGAAGUUUAUACAUACAGUUUUCGAUACAAAUUAAGUGUUUUAUUGUAUUACAAUAGAAUCAUGGUUUAGCAUGGGUUGUACCACCUGACAUGAAAACCGUAAGUCUAACCAUGAGUUGAAAAUGGUAAUUUUAGUCAGUAUUUAACUUGGAUCUAACUUUUUCCCAGCAUGAUGAAGAUGACUUGGGGUCUUCUUUAUGAUGCAGCAUCUAGUUCACCAUUUUCUAAAUUGACUUUUAAAUUAAUUUUUGUCAUGUACAUUUACGGACAAAUGUUUUUCAGUUAUUUUAAUGGUUUUAAGUCCAUAGUGUCUUGUAACUUUUCAUGAGCUUAAAGGUUUUAAACAGAAUAAUACCCAAUUGAUUUUUUUUGUAAACUGCUUAAAUACAUUUAAGAAAUUUCUCUCUG